AUGCGGCAUCGGCGGCGGCGGCGGGUGCCGGUGGCGCGGCAGCGGCAGCGGUGGGUGGUGGUGCGGAUGGUGGUGCGGGGGCCCGUGGGGGGGGCCGUGAGGGGGCCCAUGCGGCGGGCCGUGCGGCGGGCCGUGGUGGUGGUGGUGUGGCCCGCUGUGGGGGUGUGGGUUCCGUCCCAUGUGCAGGUGCGGCUGUGGCAGCUGCAACUCGGGGCGGCGUCCGCUGGGGCUGGCGUCGCCGCUGCGAGAGCGCCCAAGGCUGGGCUGCUGCGGCGCAGCGGGAGCGCCACCACCAGCAGCGCCACCGCCAGCAGCUGCUGCUGCAGCAGAGGCAGCGGGCGGCUGGGGUGCCGCGGGUUCCUCCUCUGCCGGCACCUCGCCCUCCUCGUAAACCUCUCCUUCCUCUAG